AUGAACUCCAAAUGUCACUGUGUGGAACUGAAUGAUGGUCACCUCAUUCCAGUACUGGGUUUUGGUACUGCUAUUCCCUCAGAGUUCCCCAAGAGUAAAGCUAAGAAGCUCACCAAAAUGGCUAUAGAUGCUGGUUUCCGUCAUUUUGAUUCUGCUUCUGUCUAUAAUACCGAAGAUCAUGUAGGAGAGGCCAUCAGAAGCAAGAUUGCUGAUGGCACUGUAAGGAGAAAAGAUAUAUUUUACACAACAAAGCUUUGGUGUACUAGCCAUCACCCAGAACUGGUGAGAUCUUCCUUGGAACAGUCACUGAAGAAACUUCAGUUGGACUAUGUGGACCUGUAUCUCAUUCAUUUCCCAAUGGCCCUGAAACCAGGAGAAGAAAAAUUUCCAGUAGAUGAGCAUGGAAAGUUACUAUUUGACAUAGUGGAUCUCUGUGCCACCUGGGAGGCCAUGGAGAAGUGUAAGGAUGCAGGAUUGGCCAAGUCGAUCGGGGUGUCCAACUUUAACCGCAGGCAGCUGGAGAUGAUCCUGAACAAGCCGGGGCUCAAGUACAAGCCUGUGUGCAACCAGGUAGAAUGCCAUCUUUAUCUCAACCAAAUGAAACUUCUGGAUUUCUGCAAGUCUAAAGAUAUUGUACUAGUUGCCUAUGGUGUUUUGGGAACACAACGAUAUAGUGGAUGGGUAGACCAGAACUCCCCUGUACUCUUGGAUGAACCAGUUCUUGGUUCCUUGGCAAAAAAGUACAGUCGAACUCCAGCCUUGAUUGCCCUUCGCUACCAGUUGCAGCGCGGGAUUGUGGUCCUCAACACCAGUCUCAAAGAAGAGCGGAUCAGAGAGAACAUGCAGGUUUUUGAAUUCCAGCUGAGUUCAGAGGAUAUGAAAGUCCUUGAUGGCCUGAACAGAAAUAUGCGAUACAUAUCUGGUAGAAUUUUUGAGGGCCACCCUAAUUUUCCAUUUUCGGAUGAAUACUAA